CGCUGUUAUUUAAACAACGUAAAAUUCAACAAAUGCAAGCCUUUGCGAAUUUCUUGUUCGUGAGACUUUUUGCCAUAUUUUCAAUGAUAAAUGUGCUGUUUCAGUUAAUAAAUGUUUUGUAUAUCUUUCCGAAUUUGGAAAAACAACAACAGUUCAAUGAACUCUUCUUUGUGAUGUUAAAGAAAGGAUUUUUGAAUUUAUCGAAAGAUUUAUAUUUAGUAAAAUUGAAUAAUUGUAAUCUAGAAGCUAAACUGUGGAGUAUAAUAAAUCGGCAUGCUGCAUUAUGGGAAGUCGUUGAACAAAUAAACACUAAAAUAAAUUAUUCAUUUUUAAUGUACUAUGUUAUUAUUACAUUUGGAACCAGUUUUUUCUACUAUAUGUAUCUCUUCAUAAGCAUCAAUGCUGUACUGAGACUUGUUGUAGCUAUGGCUACUGUAUUAUGCACCAUUUUAUGUAUUUUAUAUGGGCUUAUAUUGUGUUCGUUUACUUUUACGAUGCAUAAUUCAUUCCAAGAUAUAAGAAGAUUUGCAGCAGUAAGUUUGUCACUUGAACGGAAGUUAUACUUUCUAGAUUUCAUGAAAAGAUUCGGUAAAAUUUCGUUACGUCUUUCUAUUGGAGGAUUCUUCUAUGUUACAAAAAGAUUUCCUAUAAGGAUUGCAAACACGUUGUAUACUGUAUUUUCUGGCCUCUUGAAAUCCAGAGAAGUUUCUUACAAACGAAAAUAUUGUAAAGAAAUUUUAAGUAUGAAUAUCACUAAAUCGUAUUGAAUCCAUUGAGGAAUUGGAGAGUUUCAUAAUUUGUGACAGAGAAUCACGCAAAUUAUGUUUGUUUUCAGAGAAGAUGAAAGUUUUGUAUUAUAAGUCAAAUAACUACAUUUUUAUCCUGCUGAAUCAAUUAAGAAACAAUGUAAAUACAAAUAUCCAUGCAAUUACGAGUAUAUCCAUUUCUUCAAUUACCACAAAUUGUUUUCUUGAACAGUUUAAUGAACAUAAAUUGCUACAGAAUGUUGUAAUUAGUGAUAGUUGCAUAGGCUAGUUCUCCAUGAUUUAUAGAAUAAAGAAUUAAGUGAAACAUGAUGAAAAUUAUUGUCGUUUCACUUCUAAUUUUAUUAAUCCUUUUGUAAGAAACAUGAAUGUUUAAUGCUGAUGUCUCUCUGUGUCAUUUCAUUAUAUUUAUUAUUCUUUAGUAAUAUUAGAAAAAUUUUUUUAUAGUAAAAAUUCUUCAGGGUAUUCAAUUAGAAAAGAAGCACAAAGUUGCGAAAAAUUUGUAAUCACUGCUAUGAGCAAACAUGGUGCUUUAAUGAGAAUAAAUAUCAUUCAAUGGCAGUGAUAUACAUUCUGUUAAAUAAAUAAGUUACUAUAUAUGAUGGAUUGUUGCAUUUCAAUUGUAUUUAACUCUUUGCAUAAUAUACAUUGAUAGGGAAAGGAUAAUCAUGGAGUAAAGAUAACACCUAAACAUAGUUGUUUUGAAACUCAUUAUUAUUCUCUGACAGGAUGUAAAGAGAGAU